CGUAUGCUUAUUUCGCAAAUUGAAAUGUGGAAUGCUACGGAAGUUAGCGAGUGUUUAGCUGUUGGAUGUGGUCCUUUCCGAGCAGCUUUACACUCCUUUGGGUGUGCGUUUGUUUGGUUUUGAUCAUUUUCAGCUAGAAUAUCAUUUGUCAUUUGCUAGCAGAUAAUUUUGGCUUCUAAGUAGCCACACCAUCAGAUAUCCUCCAGCAUAGCAAGAUGGCCUCCCCAGAGGGACUGGAGUUUGUUCUGCCAGGUGAUGUGAUUGAGGCCGAGGAUGACGUGGACCUGGGCCCGGGACUGCGGCGUGAUCCACGUGGCUGCGUGGUCCUCCAGCCCGGCGUGCACCGGUUCCGGGCGCCGCGCACCCACUGGGUGGACACACACUGCCGCCGGUACGUGCCCGUCCGGGGACAGUGCGUCAUCGGCACCGUGACCGCGCGCGCCGGCGACUUUUUCCGGGUGGACAUCGGCGCUCACGAACCGGCCGUGCUCUCCUACUUGUCCUUCGAGGGCGCCACCAAGAAGAACCGUCCGAACGUGCAGGUGGGCGACCUGGUGCUGGCGCGCCUGCUGGUCGCCAACAAGGACAUGGAGCCGGAACUGGUGUGCGUCAACUCCAAGGGCCGCGCCGAGGGCCUCGGCGUGCUGGCCGCGGAGGGAGCGCUCGACUUCCGCGUGCCGCUGCACGUGUGCCGCAAGGUGCUGUCGCCGCUGUGCGGCCUGCUGGGCCGGCUGGGCUCCGAGCUGCGCUUCGAGAUGGCCGUGGGGAUGAACGGCCGCGUGUGGGCGCGCAGCGACAGCCUGCGGUACACGGCGGCCGUGGCGGCCGCCAUCUGCGCCUGCGAGCACAUGGACGAGCAGCAGAUCGCGGCCAUGUGCCGGGACAUCACCGCCGCCGCGCACCAGAACCGGUGAGGGAUAGCGAGGGUCCGGGCCGCGCAGAUGUGAACGUCUGAACCAACAGUGGAAGAACUUGACCGUCUGAGUGGGAACCGGUGCAUUCGUGUUUGUGCGGACCGUGGAACGUGGUUACUCUGACGCCGUCCAGGCCAUGCAGAGAACUGUGGUUACCGUCGCAGUGAGCCGACGGGUCUAUUCCAUCACCGAGCUAUCACCGCCAAGUCUUUUACGAACUCAAAUGGGCCGAUGGUCUCUGGUCAUGGCUGGCCCCGACUGUGGCGUCGACUGAGCCCCCGCUGACACCGCCGACCGGUGAGCUGUCGGCGUCGGGUCUCCCGUGGAGCACUACGGAUGAUCAGGGAAGGCUGGUGUGAAUACGCGCUGUGCGGACUGUUUCACGCAAGUGUGGGUAAGAUGUCUCGUUAUAGCCGUGAUGUGAUUGUUCAUAGGCGUCAUUCAGCUAUCGUGAGAUGCUGCGAGUCAUUGGUCAUAAAAACGGUACAUAAAAAAUCCAUUAUCUUCCAAAGACUUAAAGAUUUGUUGAUAUGCAUCGCAUUUCAUUCAUUGAGCUCAAUACAUCUCCGAAGAAUGCUG